AUGUCGUGGUCACUAAGUUCUGACUUCUCUCUUAUAAAUAACCCUUCUUCUGUAUGGUCCUACGGAUUAAAACCUGAUGGUUUCCUAACUGGACCGUUUAGCUUAUUUACGAACCUAGUUCGGGACUUAAAUAAUGGAAAUGGAACUGGCAUAUUCGCUUGGCUUGAAAAUGGCGCAUCAUUCGGUAACUCCUGGUUAGGUGUCUAUUAUAAUCCUAAUCCAACGACUACUAUCGUGGGUUAUUGUUGCAGCAAAAAGAUAUUUCCUGCUAAAAGUGUAUGCAUGCAUCCCAACACUGAUAGUGGUUCCUCUGUUGUAAGGUUUACUGCACCAACGAAUGGGAAUUAUAGCCUAGACGUGACAUUCCAACACGUCGAUGAUACAGCAACCAAUAGACAUACGGGAGUUUACAUAAUACAUAAUGAUUUUGAGAUUCUUUGGGAGACCGAUCUAAAUGGCGUCGGAUAUUCAGAUUCGUUCAAGUCAAUUGAUAGCGGGAUUGUUGUAAAAGAAAGGGAAACUAUCGAUUUCAUUGUAAGCAAAGGUUUAGAUGGUACGUCAUCUUACGAUAUGACUUUCGCUCGUGUGGAUAUUCAAUUGGUUGCAACUUCAACGAAUGAAAUCCUCCCAACAAACACGGACUCAAUAAAUUCGACGAAUAAAAAUCAUGGUUCUUCAGUAACAGUUGUAAUUUUUAUUGUAUUACUAUUUAUUCUCGUUAUUACUGUUAUUCUGGAUCCCAAUACGAAAACACUUUUAAUAAUCUAUCUUACAUUUAGUGUAUCAAUAUUAUUAGCAAUGGCACUUUCAACUUUUGGAUCUCGUGGUUUAACAGGAGAUGCUCUCUAUGAUGAUACAAUUUCUAGAAUCCGUCGUGAUUUUGAUCGUAUCUUUUCCGAUUUCUUUAAUGAUGCUCCAAGACCUUUGAGUUUGGGACAUGUUGGUCCUAGUGGUUCUGGUGGAGUUUAUGUUCCUCGCGUUGAUGUUGACAACAAUAUUGUCGUUCAUGCCGAAUUACCUGGGGUUUCAAAAGAAAAUGUAAAUGUUGAUAUUCGUGAUAAUCAUCUUAUCCUCAGUGGUGAAAACAAACAAGAAAGUAAUUAUGAUACUUCUACAGGAUGGGUUCGAGAAAGACGAUUUGGCCGUUUUCAGAGAAGUAUCCCUCUUCCGGGUAAUGUUGAUUUUGAAAAAUCUAAUGCCAAGUUCUCUGAUGGUAUCUUGGAAAUUAAACUCCCACGUACUCAAGAAUCUACUGGAAAACGUAUUACUGUUGAAUAG